AGUACCCUGAAGAGCCUCCUGUGAUUAGGAUUAUUGAUUCCAAGAUGAGCAGAGGCAGAAACAUCUGAUGGAAAGCAUUUGUUCCAAAGCUUUUGAACUCGCCUCAUGUUUCAUGCUUGUGGCACUUUGUGAGGAAGCAGUGGAGAAGCUUUCUAGUAUGAAUCAUCCCAAGGGAGACUGCCCCUUAUGUUUAUUUCCUUUAUUAGAUGAAGAUGCUGGGAACAAUUCGUUACCUUUUAUGAAGUUAAUGUCUUGCUUCCAUUGCUUUCAUUGUGACUGCAUCAUCAGGUGGUGGAAUUGGAUUCAGAUGCAAAGUGAAAACGAGAGUUCAAGCUCGUCAUCAUCAGCUGUUAGGAGUAAGCCAGACCAACAAGAUGAAAAUUUUAUCAGAAGGCGAGCUGCUACCCAAAAUUACAUGGAAGUCGAUGACUUUGUUGAAGCAUCUUCCUGUCUAUUGCAGCCACUGGAAGAUUUCUUUAACAAUGUAUUUGUGAUGGUGUUAAUGUGUAUGGCCGAAGCCGAAGCUAUCGCCGCCCAAAUCAGUAAAACUGGUAAUCCUCCGCCGCCUCCGCCUCCGCCGAUGGCUGAAGAAGAGGUAAUAGCUGAAGUGGAGGCAGCCCAGGCGGUUUACGGCGACGAUUGCCUUGUCAUCGAAACCUACCCGCCCCAUCUCCACGUCCACCUCAAGCCCCGCACCGCCGAGGUCUCAUCUGAGCAGUUUGUGGAAGCAACUAUUGGGAUGCAGGCUGGUCCUAAGUACCCUGAAGAGCCACCUGUGAUUAGGAUUAUUGAUUCCAAGGGUCUUGAUGAGCAGAGGCAGAAACAUCUGAUGGAAAGCAUUUGUUCCAAAGCUUUUGAACUUGCCUCAUGUUUAAUGCUUGUGGCACUUUGUGAGGAAGCAGUGGAGAAGCUUUCUAGUAUGAAUCAUCCGGAGGGAGACUGCCCCUUAUGUUUAUUUCCUUUACUUGAUGAAGAUGCUGGAAACAAUUCGUUACCUUUUAUGAAGUUAAUGUCUUGUUUCCAUUGCUUUCAUUGUGACUGCAUCAUCAGGUGGUGGAAUUGGAUCCAGAUGCAAAGUGAAAACGAGAGUUCAAGCUCGUCAUCAUCAACUGUUAAGAGUAAACCAGACCAACGAGGUAUUCGCAAAAUGAUGGAAGGAAGUAGGGGCAAAUGCCCUGUCUGCCGGAAAAUAUUUCUUGCCAAGGAUAUUGAACAUGUGCUUGACUUAGUUGGGACCAGUGGCAAUUUGGACUGUACCGGAACUGAGAUUGACAGAGGCUUUCUCCAGUCGGAGGAGGAAAUAAUUAGAAAAGAAAAAUUCGAUGCCAUUUUAAAAAUUCAGCAAGAAAACAAUGGCUUGAUUGAGCCCAAGAAAAAUGAGGUCCUGUUACCUGGUAUGUUUCUUCCGCAGCCAGUUGGCUUGCCGUCAACAGAAUCUGAAGGAGUAUCUAGUGCAUCACAAAGCAAAGAUCGCGCCGCCAAAUCCGAUGCCAACCCAGAAAGUUCGUCCAACAGACGCCGGUCGAGGAAGCCCAACAAUUAUCAUAGGAAGCAGAGGACUCCAAACACAAACAAACAAGAAAGACAGUGGAUUAGGAAAGACAAUGUUUCAGAUAAUUAAGUUUUGGCCAUUUUUGUUGUAAAACCAUAUUUUCCCAUGAGAUAACACUAUAUUUAAACAUGCAUCAAGAAACUUGUAAGUUUGUUCCUGAGCUAGUGUUACUUCAUGUACUACUAUGUAGCGAUGGUAUCUCAUUAUUUGUGUCUACUUAGGAGCCGUUCGGUUGCCAUGAUUACUUGUGA